AUGGCUGAGAUCUACCAGCCAGGCCACCACCUGAUGCUCUCCAGCCUGUCCCUACAGAUGCUGCUCUAUUUCAACGCCUUCUACUUCCCCUUCUGGUGUCUGUCGGAGGUGAUUAUGCUGGAGCUGAAGUUUAGCCUGCUGCCCACUUACUAUCAGUUCCUGCUGGUUGCUGCAUACCUGGCCCUUGUCGGGGCUGAAUCCGUGCGCCUCUACCUCGGAUACGCUGGGAAUUUGCAAGAAAAGGUACCAGAGCUGGCUGGGUUCCUCCUCCUGUCCUUCCUAAUCGAGAUGCCUGUCCUGCUGUUCAUCCUGACGGACAAUCACGUGAUCCAGGUGCCUCUGGAAAUGGCCGUGCACGGGGUCCUCCUCUCCUUCCUCACAUCGGAGAUCGUGGCAGCUUCCUUUGCCCUCAAAGUCAUGGCCAAGCACCUGGCCACGCAGUUCUACCUGAUGCAGUUCGAAGAGCGGCCAGACAGAGUUAGGCACCAGGAGCUACGUGGGGGAAACCAGACCUCCGUCAGCUCUGAACCUGCCCCACGUUCCAUCCAGUGGCACCGGCAGUCCACUUCCUGCAGUAAAGGCGAGUCCCUGCGAGCCGGAGAGAAACAGAGCCUCUGGAAAUGA